UUGAACAACUGGAACAAAUUCUUAAGGAAAAGCUGGAAAUCAAGGAUAACUUUCAGAUUCAGUUUGAGGACCCAGAGUUUGGGAAUGAACUUUGUAAUUUGACUAAUAUAACAGAACUUCCACCUGAUAGAGCAGUACUGAAGAUCAUCCAAAAACCAUUAGAUACAGAUGUACAGAGUCAUGCUUCCUCUUUGGACCCAUCCAUUACAUCUUCCUCAUUAAAUACCCCAACUUGCUCAAGUCAAGAUCCUGUGUCUUUGACAGUCAAACAACGUGAGGCUUUGCCAUGGCCAUCUUUCUUUGUGAUUCCUGAGUUUGCUUAUGAUGUUGAACUACGCCUAGAAAAAGCAAAUAAGGAAUAUAAAGAAAAUGGAAAGCUUCUUCUUACAAUGUCAAGAGAAAUUAAGAUGGAUAUACUGGCUACCAUAGCUCAAACAGUUUUUGCAUUCAAGGCUUAUCCAACCAAACAAGAGUUGGAGUCAGUGGCUUCUGCACUGAUUGAGAAACACCCUUGUCUUAGAGAUCCAGGUCCUGGACCUGGCCAUCAUAGCUGGACUAUGAGCAUAAUAUAUAAGAUGGGUAACUACCGCCAGAAGCUACAGUCCGCUGGUUGCUCAGAAGUCCUUGUGAACCGUAAAAGGUCAAAACAUGACUCUAGACCUUUAAAGAAAGCCAAGAGGUGUGAGGUCAAUUUCCUUCCAGACAACCCAACUGGACAGACAGAUUCUUCCCUCCAAAAAGAAAAAGAUGAACUUAAAGAAGAAAUGCAGAAAAAGCAUCCAAACAUGGCAGCUGUCAAGUCCAAGAUGGAACUAACAUUUUCACUUAGAAGAAAAGAGAUAGUUUCUGAAGAACCUCUGGUGGAUGAUGUCUUAAAACAGUGGCCAGCAUUGUUUUUACCUGAUCAGGUAUGUGCUGAGUUUUUCCGAAUUACCCGAACUAACCUGACAAGCAGAUUCUUCACGUCUUUGGAUGAGUAUGCACCAAAAAUGAUUAAAGUGUACCGUGCAAGUGGUGCAGCUUGUGGAGAAGGCAUGAAGAGCCUUUUAGAAAAACUUGAUGACCAAACAUCUGAUGUGCUCAGCUGCAGAAAGGCUACUGCUCUUAGAGGUCUGCCCAUGUUUAUGGAUAAACAUUCUGGGAGCCUUCUGAAAGAUUGUCUGGACACAGAGCCAGUAGAAGAUCAGAUUAACUCCAUGAAGAUGGGAAUCUUGACCGUUAUUGAAGACGAUGUUGCCACCGUCCAGUCAAGCCCAAACAUAAGGUUCUUUGCUGUUGUGCUGGAAGAACAGAUUGUUGUGGAUGAAGUAAGUGACCUACCAACUGCUUUUGCUCUCCUCUUUGGCCUCAUCUAUGCCCUCAACAUGGACUACCCCAAGGAACUAAAAUACACUUUUGAGACCAUUCAAAAAGUGUUCAUGUGCCUUGAUCCCAAAUGCUCAGCAAGAGUCCAGUCCUUCAAAAACAAGCUGUUACAGUAUUGACAUUCUAAUGUACCGGUCUCUUCCAGUCAUUUUCAUGGUUCUAAAUGUUAAUGUUUUUAUUCUCACGUUUGUAAGUUCACCAUGACCAGUGAAGUUUUCUUGUUCUCUAACAUUUUUGCUACUUUUGUAGUUUAUCGCUGCAACUGAUUGUUAGUAGUUUCAUAUUACUUAUGGCGGCAUGUAUAUGCCUUCAAUGAAACAAAUUAAUUGUAACUCAAGUGUUACUUAGCUGUAUCACCACAUUUCAGAUUCAUGUGAUUUAAAAUGUUGAAAUCAGAUUGGCAUCAAAGCUUUUGUAAAAUUAAUCUUCAGCAUCCAAUAUCAAUUCUGAUGAUUUGUCUUAGUUUCGAACAGAAAUAUGUCUUCAUUUUCAGGUCAAAAUAACCUGGUACUGGGUGAUAAUUAUUAAUUUUAUCUUGUCUUUAUUGCUGAAGCAGUUAGAGCUUUACCUUUUCAAAGAUACUGGAAGUUUGCA